GCUUCCCUCCUUCAGAGAGAGAAAAAAAAAAAUUCCACGGCCAACCCCCUACCCGGAGCCUGAGCCCGCGCCCAGCCCGAGCCCGGCUCGAGCUCAGCCCGAGCCCAACCCAGCCCGGCCCCAGCUGAGCCGAGCCCAGCCCGCCCGCCGCCGCGGCCAUGGAGGACCCCGAGUCCGCGGGGGCCGCACCACCGCCCGGGCUGAGCUCGCUGCUUCCCCCCCGGGAGUUCCUGCGCUCCCGCAAGGGGCAGCUGCUGCUCGCAGAAUCGGUGCUGUCAUUUAUCAUCUUUAUCUGCUAUAUUGCAUCUCUAGCAGCUUCUUUCAUGAUGGCACCACUCCUAGAGUUUCUGCUGGCAUUGUUUCUUUUUUUUGCCUACGCCUCCAAGCUUAAUGAGAAGUUUAAAGGAGUCCACUGGCCUUUGGCGGAUUUCUUGCGCUGUGUCACCGCUGCCAUCAUUUAUUUUGCCAUUUCAAUUGCUGCUGUCUCAAAAUACAGCGAUGGAGCAUCAAAAGCAGCAGGGGUGUUUGGGUUUGCAGCCACCAUCGUGUUUGCCAUUGAUUUCUACAUCACCUUCAAUGACCUGGUCACUUUCCUCAAGCAAGGGAGCUCCGAUUCCCCUGAGGGGCACAAGACAGAAGAUGAGGACUCCGACUCUGACUCAGACUGAAGAACCAAACACCACCAAGCAUGAAGGGAAGAUGAUCAAGCACUUUCCUCUUUGCUGAAUGCACUGCCAAUUGAAAUAUCCCCUCAUUUCAGCCCCUUUCCACC